AAUUGCCAACUACCAACGAAGUCGCAACAUUAUCUUCUUGAUCUUCCUCGGCUUUUCCACACAAUGAGUCCGUAACUUCAUAGUUCAUGGCCCCGAUAUAAACUUGACUAUAUAAAUAUUGAUAUACACAAUCUUUCCAUCGAUAAAGUGGAGCAGAAUGGCGUGCGGGAGUACGUUACGUUUCGUCUUUUUAGCUGAGCCGUGGCGACCCGUUCGUCUCGAUCGAACCUUCGCUUCCGCUUCGCUGAGGAUCCGUGGAUCUUCUACGCCCACGUCGAGCGGGAAGUUCCGGACCCUCAGAGCCCGAGAUUUUCACACGGCGAAACUAAUAACUCAACUCAAUUGCUCUCACAACGAAACCCCAUCGUCGUCGUCUCAGGAAGACCAAGGCCCGCCUCAAGAGGCUGUUCUCAAAGCUAUUUCAGAGGUCUCUAAGGCGGAAGGAAGAGUUGGACAAACCACAAAUGUGGUGAUUGGUGGCACCGUAGCAGACGAUUCAACCAAGGAAUGGCUCGCUUUGGAUCAGAAGGUGAACUCAUACCCAACAGUAAGAGGCUUUACAGCGAUUGGAACUGGUGGUGAUGAUUUUGUGCAAGCUAUGGUUGUUGCCGUUGAAUCUGUAAUCCAACAACCAAUCCCCGAGGGUCGUGUCAGGCAGAAAGUUUCAUCAAGAGGCAAAUAUGUAUCGGUUAACAUUGGACCCAUUCAAGUCGUUUCUAGUGAGCAGGUCCAAGCUGUAUACAAUGCCAUGAGGAGAGAUGAACGGAUGAAGUACUUUUUAUAGUGCGAUUUUUGUAUAGAUUGCUGGUCGAAUAUGCUGUAUGAUUGGCCCCUUUCUGUCUACCACACUUUCUUUCGCUCUCUUUCACGUCAACCUGGUAUGUCCUAACCCAUGAUAUCAAUGUAGGUGAGGAAAAUGAUGGCGCAAAAUUAAUCUAGGGUAUAUGUAAAAGAUCUCUUUUUUAUUCAUGGUCUACCAUACGUAGAAAGAUCACGAGUCUAUUGUUUUAACAUUGUAUCAAGCUCGUGAUAGAGUUUGUUGCUUUUGGAUAUUAGAUCUGUCUCUUUUGUUUGCUGCUCAUUCCACGUUGCAGUGGAUUAAGAUUAUAAUAUUUUAACUCGAAGGAAUUCCGAUUGGAAAAUUUCCCCGACAUUCCAUUUCAACCAAAUUCCAUAUAAGUAAUUAUGUCUGGUCCAAACUUUCUCAAGUUCUAUGCCUCAACAGUGCAGUAACAGAUUUAAAAUGAUGCAAUUACAAGUCGUAACUGAUAACUGCGGUUAAAUUCGAGCCAAAGGCCUGUGGUACAUAACCCCCAGUCUCCAAAAUGGAGAUCUGGAAUUCGAAACCCCCUCUCCUCCAAAAAAAAAAAACUGCAGUUAAAUUCGAAAGAGUCAUUCAGUGUAAUAUUCAGCUUAGUAUUAUUGGC